AUGUCAAACAAGAAGAACGAGGAUAUCGAGAUGACAGAGAUGGGCGAGAGGGAGUUUGAUGAGCGGGUAAGCUUCCUGCCGAAGCCUGCGCCCCAUUACCGGGCUCGCGUCGAUAGAGGCCUGGGUAGCAUCCCCCGUCAACUCGAGAACAGCCCUGGUGCCGCUGUUCUGGCCUACUGCUUCUCCUCGAUCAGUAUGACGAUUGUGAACAAGUUUGUCGUUUCGGGUUCAUCUUGGAACUUGAACUUCCUUUAUCUGGCCAUCCAGUCUGCUAUUUGCACGGCUGCAAUCUUGGUCUUGAAGCAAACGCGUUUAAUCCCUAACAUAGCCGCCUUGGAAAGCGGAAAGGCCAAGAAAUGCCUCCCCGUGUCUGUAUUCUUCGUCGGCAUGAUCUACACCGGCAUAAAGUCUCUUAAGUUUCUAUCUGUUCCGGUAUACACUAUCUUCAAGAACUUGACCAUCGUUGUCAUCGCCUAUGGUGAGGUCCUAUGGUUCGGCGGUAAAGUCACCCCGCUGCUUCUGCUGUCGUUCGGCUUCAUGGUGCUCAGCUCCGUCGUUGCUGCGUGGGCUGAUAUACAGGCGGCCCUCAAUGGCGUUGGGCAUUCGACGGAGACUGCCGCCGCUAUCUCGACCCUGAACGCUGGGUACGCGUGGAUGGGGCUUAACGUCUUGUGCACUGCCUCGUACGUCCUGGGCACGCGCAGGUUCAUCACCUCGCUGAACUUCAAGGACUGGGACACUAUGUUCUAUAACAACGUUCUCUCGCUCCCCAUCAUCAGUGUUUGUUCCCUAGUGACCGAGGACUGGUCUUCGGCCAAUCUGGCUAAGAACUUCCCUGCCGAGUCACGCAACGGCCUCAUCAUUGGCAUGCUCUAUUCUGGCCUGGGUGCCAUCUUCAUCUCGUACUCGUCUGCCUGGUGCAUUCGCAAGACUUCGUCGACUACGUAUUCUUUCGUCGGUUAUCUGAACAAGCUCCCGCUCGCCAUCAGCGGCAUCGUCUUUUUCGAUGCUCCCGUCACGUUUGGUAGUGUCUCGGCUAUCCUCUUGGGAUUCUUUAGCGGGCUUGUCUACGGUUAUGGCAAGAUGAAGCAGAGGGAGCAGUCCAAGCAGGUCCUCCCCACUUCCCGGACGGCCAUGAGCGCUAGCUCUCAGAGCCAGAGGGAUGCAUCUAGCUCAUAA